UGGGGGGUAGGACUCAGCAAUUCAGUUUCAACGGCAAGAGUGGAAACGUUUGUGGGAAACAGAACACAACUGCUUUCUAAUGGUGCAGGCGAGAGUCUUAUGCCGGAGCCGUAAAGGAUCUAGAGCAGAGGAAGAGGAAGAGGAGGAGGAGGCAGAGCUAGUGGAUCCUUUAACCACAAUAAGGGAGCACUGUGAGAAGACUGAGAAGUGCGUGAAGGCACGGGAGAAGCUGGAGCUGUGUGAUGCACGAGUGUCCGCAAGGUCCCACACACAGGAGGAAUGUACGGAAGAGCUUUUUGACUUCCUGCAUGCCAGGGACCACUGUGUGGCUCACAAACUCUUUAAGAAUCUGAAAUAAAUGUUGGAGCAAGUCCCACCAUCUGUCUCCAUCAUUCAGCUGGAACACGGUGCAGUUUCUUUUUGGAUUCCAAGUGCUGCUUGCUGCCCGUUAUUGUGAAUGUACAGUAUAAGUAUAUGAGCAGCUUCCUGGUUGUACUGCGGUGAUCCAGGUGCCACCGUGUCAUUGCAUCUAUCUUCCAUGAAAAAUGUGCAGCUGUAGCAAAAUCGUCUUCUGUGAUUUUCCAUAUUAAACACAUUCAAAGUUCCUCUG